AUAGAUGAUCGGGUCACUCGGGUGGCCUGGCUAAACCGCAGCACAAUCCUCUAUGCUGGCAAUGACAAGUGGUCCAUAGACCCUCGUGUGAUCAUCUUAGUCAACACACCGACCCAAUAUAGCAUCAUGAUCCAAAACGUGGAUGUGUAUGAUGAAGGUCCGUAUACCUGCUCUGUUCAGACAGACAAUCAUCCCAAAACUUCCCGGGUCCACCUCAUAGUGCAAGUUCCUCCCCAGAUCAUGAACAUAUCCUCAGACAUCACCGUGAAUGAGGGAAGCAGUGUGACCUUGCUGUGUCUUGCUAUUGGCAGACCAGAGCCAACUGUGACAUGGAGACACCUAUCAGUCAAGGAAGGCCAGGGCUUUGUGAGUGAGGAUGAGUACCUGGAGAUCUCUGACAUUAAGCGGGACCAGUCUGGGGAGUAUGAAUGCAGCGCCUUGAAUGAUGUUGCCGCACCCGAUGUGCGGAAAGUAAAAAUCACUGUAAACUACCCUCCCUAUAUCUCAAAAGCCAAGAAUACUGGUGUUUCGGUUGGUCAGAAGGGCAUCCUGAGCUGUGAAGCCUCUGCGGUCCCGAUGGCUGAAUUCCAGUGGUUCAAGGAAGACACCAGAUUAGCCACUGGCCUGGAUGGAGUGAGGAUUGAGAACAAAGGCCGCAUAUCCACUCUGACUUUCUUCAAUGUCUCAGAGAAGGAUUAUGGAAACUAUACUUGUGUGGCCACAAACAAGCUUGGGAAUACCAAUGCCAGCAUCACAUUGUAUGAAAUAAGCCCCUCAUCAGCAGUGGCAGGGCCUGGAGCAGUCAUUGAUGGUGUAAACUCGGCCUCUAGAGCGCUGGCUUGUCUGUGGCUCUCAGGGACCCUCUUUGCCCACUUCUUCAUCAAGUUUUGAUAAGAAACCCUAGGUCCUCUGAGCAACGCCUGCUUCUCCAUAUCACAGACUWUAAUCUACACUGCGGAGGGCAAACCAGUUUGGGCUUCUUUUUGUUCACUUGUUUCUGUUCUUCUUCUUGAUAUAUUUUUGGUUUUUGUUUUUCCUUUUAAUCGUGAUUUUUUUUUUCCAGUUGGAAUGAGUGGGGUUGGGGGGAGGGGUGGGCAGGGUUCUACCAUGUGUAGGAUAAUCAUUUAUUGGUGUGUCCCAAAAUGGAAUCUGCUCCUGCAAUCUUGGCCCUUCCUUUUUGUCUGCUUCUCUUCCCAUAAUCACUGCAAGCAAGCAACUUUCAUGCACACAUACAUGCAGACACACACACACAAACACACACCCCAAAACAUAAGUUUCAAGUGAGCAAAGAAAAUGUGCCUCAUAAACACCCUGAAGACACAACUUGAUUAAUAAUUUGAUACACAGUAAGAGUUAUAUCCAUGUGUCUUGUUACUUCUGUCUCUUGAGCUUUGAAUCAUUUUCUUGAUUAUAAUGUACAUAUCUUCCAUCCA